AUGCGUUUAUUCCGAGUGUUGGACCUUUAUGAUACAUUGAGGGUCUUUUCCAGCGACCAGAGCAACACCAGAGAGCUCCACCACCACGCCGACGUGGCCAUGCUAGUGCUUCUUCAACAUCCAGAGUCGGAUAUUCUUCCUCGAGAAACCUUGAGGCCCGAGUCUCUGCCCUCGUGGAGUAGUUUGCAGAAGUUUCAUCCCAGAUCGGCCGAGAGCGUGACGCUCGAAGACAUUCACACCGAUUGA